AUGAAUACAGCGGAUGCGCAGGAUAUUCUGGGCGUGAGCAGUUCCUCGAGGGAUGAGAGCGUAAUCCCGGCUGGCGGCUUAACCGAUGUCGACAAAAAGCCGCGAAAACCCCAUCGUAGUGAUGCAUAUUUCAAACUGCUUUUAAAAUGUCCCAUUUACAUUUUUGAUCAAUUUUCUGCGAUAAAUAACUUCAAGAUUGGCAUGCGUCGUGUACAUCCAUGGAAAUGGGUACCAUUCGAGAACGCUGCGCGAAGUGAUGGACUUAAAUUGUACCACUGGAAGCGCGCCGAUAAAGCCGAUGACGUUUAUCCAUUUGCCCGAUUUAAUAAGGUCAUCAAUAUUCCAACAUUUACGGACGAAGAUUACGACAAAUGUUUGAUUUCGGCGAAGUGGACCAAGGAAGAUACGCUUCAUCUGUUCGAGUUAUGCCGACGUUUUGAUCUGAGAUGGGUUAUCAUAGUGGAUAGGUGGGAAGGUUCAACGCGUCGUACAAUGGAGGAAAUGAAGGAGCGCUUUUACAAUGCAAUAAAUGAACUGAAUGCCAUGAGAAAUGAGAAGGCCGAAGUGUUCUGUUACGAUGCUGAACAUGAAAAGCGACGCAAGGAGCAAUUGAUCAAGCAGUGGAAUCGCACUGAGCAACAAGUCGAGGAAGAAGGAAUGUUGAUUGCGGAAUUGAAGAAAAUUGAGGUUCGUAAAAGAGAGCGGGAAAGGAAAGCGCAAGAUUUGCAGAAGUUGAUUACAGCCGGUGAAAGGACGCCAGCCUCGCCAGCAGUUUCAAUAGCGCCAGUUCAGACAACUUCAAAUAUAAAGAAAAGUCAUAAAUCUCGAUCGCAGAAAGCUUCUUCUGUGCCGACGCCGGUGACAAGCGCCACCUACAUACAAGACCAUGCGAAUAUUCGAUUUCCAGAAUUUCGCAGUGGUGGUGCGCAUUUGCGAAGCCAGGAAAUGAAAUUACCAACAAAUAUUGGGCAGAAGAAGUUGAAAAAUAUAGAAACUGUUAUCGAAAAGCUCAAACUUGAUAUGGUACCAUUUGGUGUAGCCGAUAUCGUAAAAGGUUACAAUGAAUUUCGGGCGCGUAUUGUGCUGCUGCAAGAAUUGAAACAUUCAUUGCAUUCAGCCGAGUAUGAACUGGAAUCGCUCAGGACGCGCUAUAAUUCUUUAACCGGAAAGACUUUCGAAAUUGAGCCACGAAUGCGAGUACGUACAUCAAGUGAAUCGAACGCGGAUUCAUCGAAUGCGGUUGUGGAUGAGGAAACGAAAAGGGCCGUCUUCAUCGACUUCGCCAUCGCCAGUGGAUACGAGCAGGAGGCUUCGCAAAAACUGAAUGUUGUUUUGUUCGUUGCUCGGAGUGCAGUUGGCUUUCUUGGCCAUUCAAGCGAAAUCGAAGGAAUGUUCUCAGUUGUGGCCCAUCACUCACCAUCUACUACUGUAUACAGGAACGUGACGGCGGAUACGAAAUCCGUUUGCUAG